AUGUUUCUCUCUUUUCUCCUUUAUGUUUCUCUCUUUUCUCCUUUAUUUUUCUCUCUUUUCUCCUUUAUGUUUCUCCUUAAUUUUUCUCCCUUUCCCUUUUUCUCCUUUUUUUUUUCUCUUUUUCUCCUUUAUGUUUCUCUCUUUCUCUUUAUUUUUCUCUUUUCUCCUUUUAUUUUCUCUCUUUUCUCCUUUAUUUUCUCUCUUUUUUUUAUUUUCUCUCUUAAUUUUUCUCUCGUUUUCCCCUUUUUUCUUUUAUUUUUUUCUUUUUAUUUUCUCUCCUUUAUGUUUCUUUUUUCUUUUAUUUUUCUUUUCUCUCUUUUUUUUCUCCUUUAUUUUUCUCUUUAUUUUUCUCCUUUCUUUAUUUUUCUAUUUUUCUCUCAUUUCUCCUUUUUUUUUCUCUCAUUUCUCCUUUAUUUUUCUCUCUUUUCUCCUUUAUUUUUCUCUCUUUUCUCCUUUAUGUUUUCUCUCUUUUCUCCUUUAUUUUUCUCUCUUUUCUCCUUUAUUUUCUCUCGUUUUCCCCCUCUUUUCUCCUUUAUUUUUCUCUCUUUUCUCCUUUAUUUUUUCUCUCAUUUCUCCUUUAUUUUUUCUCUCAUUUCUCCUUUAUUUUUUCUCUCUUUUCUCCUGUAUUUUUUUAUUUUCUUCUCAUUUUCUCCUUCAUUCUUUCACUCUCUCUCCUUUAUUUUUCUCUCAUCCUUCAUUUUUUUUUUUCCAUUUUUUUUAUUUUUUCUCCUUUAUUUUUUCUUUUUUUUUUUCUCCAUCUUUUCUCCUUUAUUUUUUCUUUACCUUUUCUUGGCCAUUUUUUCAUGUGAUUUACAAAAUGACUUUCUUUUCUCAUUUAUAUUUUGUGUCUUUUUCUCUUCAUUCAUUUUCAUCUUCCUUUCUUACGUCACUUUUUCUUAUCUUUAUUUCUUUAUCUCUUUGCUCUUUAUCUUCUUCAUUCUUUUCUUCUCUUAUAUUUUGUCUUCCAUACUUUCUCAUCUCACUCAUUUCUUCCUUCCAUUCUCCUCUCUCUCAUUUUCUCUUCCUUUCUUUCUCUCCUCCUUCAUUUUUGUCUUCCUUCCGUUCUCUACUCCCUCAUUUUUUGUCUUCCUUCCUUUCUCUUCUCACUCUUUUUUUCUCCCUUCUUUUCUCCUCUCACUCAUUUUUGUCUUCCUUCCUUUCUCCCCUUACUCGUUUUUGCCUUCUUUUCUUUCUCCUCUCGAUCGUUUUUGCCUUCCUUACUUUCUCCCCUUACUCGUUUUUGCCUUUCUUACUUUCUCCCCUCACUCAUUUUUGUCUUCCUUCCUUUCUCCACUUACUCGUUUUUGUCUUCUUUACUUUCUUCUUUCACUCAUUUUCAUUCUUCUUUCUUUCCUUCAGUUUCACCAUCUUUCCUUUCUCCCCUUUUACUUGUUAUCUUUACUUUUUUUACUUGUUUCUUUUCUUAUUUCUUUUCUUUUCUCUUUCCAUUUGUAUCUUUUUCAGCUUUCCUUUCUCAACUUCAAACAUCCAAUUUUUUUCUUCAUACCAAAAUCUAUCACAUUUCGUUCUCUUCUUAUUCUUUCUUUCAUUCUUUUCUUUUUCCUUUCUAUCUCUCACAAGUUUUUCAUUCAUAGCUCUCUCCACUUUAUCAUUUUUUUUCUUUUCUUCCUGUUUUUCACCUUUUCUUUCAUCCUAGUUCUUUUUAAAUUGCACUCUCCCUCUUUUUUUAUAUCUUAA